GUGUGUGUGUGAGUGAGUGAGUGAGUGUGAGCUGCAGGAGCCGCUGCUGGUGAUGAGGAGGCGAUGGCUCUGGUCAAAGGUUUCCGUGUGUAUGUGAGCUCGCCGCCCGGGCAGUGCAGUGCGCUGCUGGAGAGCAGGAGCAGAGAGGAGGCUCUCCUCUUCCAGUCCGGAGCUGUGGCCAUUCUCUCACCAGUGGAGAAGGACGGGCUGAAGGCGCAGUUUGUCAAGCUCUGGGAAGCCUAUGGCUGUUUGGGAGUUCUCCAAAUCAAGAGUGGUGAUUCCAGGCUGUGUUUCCUGGUGCUGGUGACGGGGUGUACGUCGGUCGGGAGGAUCCGUGACACCGACAUCUGUAAGAUCACAGCGAGCGAAUUCGUGCCCCUCCAGGAGGAGACAAGUGAGGAGGAGCGGGUCAUCACCCUCAGGAAGCUCUUCAAUUCGGGCAUGUUUUAUUUUGCAUCAGCUGCUGGAUCGACAUUUGACCUGAAUCUCUGCGCACAGAAGCAGCUGGAGAAAGACCAUGAAGCCGGGAGCAGGUUUUUCUGGAACUACUCAUUACACCUUCUGCUGCGUCAGUACCAGGUGAAUUGCUGGGAUUGGCUGCUGAAGGUGACGGUGGGGUCAGUGGAAAUUCGGACUGUCUACGCCAACGACAAGAAAGCCAAGGCGUGUCUGAUCUCCCGGCUCAGCUGUGAGGGAGCAGGCGGCCGUUACCACCACCUAGGCAUUGACGACAAGGGCCACGUCUCCAAUUUCUUCGAAACAGAACAGGUGAUUUAUUUGGACGACUCGGUUUCAUCCUUUGUCCAAGUGCGAGGGUCUGUCCCUUUAUUUUGGGAGCAGUGCGGAGGGCAGGUUGGCUUCCGUCACCUCCGGCUGACCCGUGGACUUGAGGCAAACGCCCCAGCGUUUGACAGACAUUUGACUUUGCUGAAUGAGCAUUACGGAAACCAAGUGAUUGUCAAUCUGUUGAGGAUGAAGGGAGGAGAGGAGGUCCUCAGUAGAGCUUUUAAGAAGCUGGUCUGGGCCUCGGCUCAUGCAUCUCAAAUCCCAAUGAUAAACUUUGACUAUCAUCACUGUGUGAAGGAAGGGAGACUGGAGAGCUUGCUGAGACCUCAAGUGCAACACUCACUGAAGGAGUUCUGUUUCUUCACCAGUGGCCAGAACAUAAGUCCUUGUUAUCAGACAGGAACACACAGGACUAACUGCCUGGACUGUCUGGAUCGGGCUAACAACGUGCAGACUUAUUUCGGGAUGGAGGUUUUGCUCAGGCAGCUGGAGAGCCUGGGUUUGAGCAGUAAAAAGUCAGUUGUGGAACGUUUUGAAGAAUUUUACAAGACAAUGUGGUCACUGAAUGGCCACAACCUGAGCAAGAUGAUUACAGGAAGCCGUGCCCUCGAGGGGAAAACCAAGGUGAAAGAUGGAGCUCGUUCUGUAUCCAGGUCCAUUCAGACCAACUUCUUUGAUGGAGUGAAACAGGAGGCCAUCGAUUUGCUCCUCACGGGCGACUUUUACAGGGAGAAAUACGCAGAGAAGGCGAGGUCUCUGAUGGAUGACAUAGUGCUUUUCACACCUCGUGGGAUUCUGAAAGCUAUGUGUGAACGCCAGCUUGAGUACUCCCAUUUCAGGCGAGCUCAGAUCAGUGUGGGAACGUGGAAUGUCAACGGUGGAAAACAGUUCCGGAACAAUGUGCUUAGUAUCUCAGAGCUGACCAGCUGGCUGCUCGACACUCCCAGCCACAGCAGGCCUCACGGUGACAAGAGCUGCUCACCUGAUAUCUUUGCGAUCGGAUUCCAGGAAAUGGUGGAGCUCAAUGCAGGAAACAUUGUCAAUGCCAGCACAACUAAUAAGAAGAUCUGGGCAGAGCAGCUCCAGAAGGCGAUCUCCACCAGACACAAGUACAUAUUACUGGUCUCGGGGCAGCUGGUGGGGUUGUGUCUGUUUGUGUUUGUCCGGCUCCACCACGUCCCUUAUAUCAGGGAAGUUGCCAUGGAUACAGUGAAGACAGGAAUGGGAGGAAAAACUGGGAACAAAGGAGCGGUGGCCAUCCGCUUUCAGUUUUACAGCAGCUCGCUGUGCUUUGUGUGUGCUCACCUGACAGCUGGUCAGAACCAAGUCAAAGAAAGGAAUGAAGAUUACAGGGAGAUUGCCCAGAAACUCACCUUCCCAAUGGGCCAGAACAUCUUCUCGCACGACUACGUGUUCUGGUGUGGAGACCUGAACUACAGGAUCGAUCUUCCGAACGACGAGGUCUUGCAGCACGUUAAGAAACAGGACUGGUGGAGUCUGCAGGCUCACGAGCAGCUCCAGCAGCAGAGAGCUGAAAGCAAAAUUUUCAAGGGCUUCCAGGAAGGUUGUAUUAGAUUUGCUCCAACGUACAAGUACGAUGUGGGGACAGACGUAUACGACACAAGCGACAAGUGCAGGACUCCGGCCUGGACGGACCGAGUGCUGUGGUGGCGAAGGAAAUGGCCCAGUGAUACAUUGGGAGACCCAGGUUUCACAGGCUACGACCACGAGGCAGAGUCAAAGAUCAAGCACACGUGUAAUCCCGGUGUAGUGUUGUACUAUGGCAGAGCAGAGCUGAAAGCUUCUGACCACAGGCCAGUGCUGGCUGUCUUGGAAAUCAACAUCCAGGAAGUGGAUGUCUUGGCCCAGGAGCGAGUGCUCAAGAAAAUCACGUCCUCCCAGGGUCCGUCUGACGCCACCGUAGUGGUUUGUGUCAAAACGCCGAGCCUCGAGGAGAGGGAGGACUUUCCCGAAGACAUCAGCCGUGAAUUAAUCCACUGCUUCCGGAGUUACGGCACCGUCCUUCUGCUCAGGUUUGAUCGGGGACAGAUGUUGGUGACCUUUCAGGACAGCUGUGUGGUGCUGAAAGUUUUGGAAUUGGAUGGGACAAAGGUGAAUGGCAGAGCAGUGAGCAUAAAGCCACUCACAGGAGACUGGCUGAAUGAUCUUCAGGAAGAGAUUAACAUGAAGAGGAACAGCAUGGCACCAAUGUCUCCCACCGCAAACUCCUGUCUGCUGGAGGAGACCUUUGAUUUUGACAGCCUGGACUAUGAUACUGAGGGAGAUCUGGACGAGGAGUUGGAUGAAGCUGUGCCUCAGCACGUUUUGGCUGGAUUGAUGCCCAGACACAGCCCCAGCCUCCGCCCGCUGUCUCCUGAAUACUCAGCUCAGGAGGGCACCGAGGGUCCGUCACACACUGAGCCCAGGCCGGCUCUCAGCCAACAACCAGCAGCCACAGAUGAAACGGACAUUUCCUCAGUCGCUCCGGAGAUGUCUCCAGUCGGUGAAUUCCGUCCCCGCACCACCAGCAGGUCCGUGUCGGUGCCCGGGCGCCCCCGGCCCCCGCAGAGGCCCCCACUCCCCGCUGUACUGAAUUUGAAGAAAUCUGUGUCUGAUCAUUCUAUAACAUCUGAAGACAGCCUAACACAGGCUUCCGUCUUCCAUCCAGCGAAGAUUCUCUCAGGAGCUCCUCAGCAUCCUCCGUCCUGCAGGAGUGGUAUAAGCAGGCCGUACAACGUGUCGCAAAUUAAAACGUCGUCGGCUGCGGAAGCAGAACAGGCAAUAAAACACCUAAUGGAAGGGAAAUCAGCAAUGUUAAUUGUAGAAUCCUGCUCAAAGCGUCCGGCCGCAAUGCAGUCAUUCACUAUGCCCCGGGCUGCUGGUAAAGCCAACACAAAGUUCCCUUCUGCUCCCCUCAUGGCCCCAAGUCACACACUGGUGAGAAGCCUAUUGCCUGCCAGACCAGCCCUGCCAAAGGGCCGAGGGGGAAACUCUGACUUGACCACGAGAGCGGAGGGCAGGAGCACACAGGAGCCCAUGCAGUUCACACUGUGCUCGUCAGAUUCUUGCCACCCAGAGACGCCAGUGGUGCCUAAACCACAACCUGUGCUGAGCCAGUCCCCUGCAAUGCAUUGUGCACUGAAGCACACACCAGCCUCAAGAGAGCAGGAUGUCAGUAUUCCUGCCCAGGAUUUGUGGAGCGAGCUGGACCCGCUGUCGGGAUGCUCGAGCACGGCCCCCAUCGUCCCACCUCGCAGGAGGAAGGGGGUGCCGCUCGUCUCGCCUCCAAGGGAUGACACUUUUAUCAGAUCGGAUUGGUUCCUGGCGUGCGGAGCCCAAUGCAAAAGUGAUGAGUUCACGAGUUCCGGUACCACUCCCGCCUCCAGGAACAAUCCUUUCAGACCUCAGCAAAGCCCCACAUCCCACUCUGACUGGAUGCCAGGUGCCGGUGAUCUCUCACGUCCACGAAGGACUGUAUCUCCACCCUCCGCGGCUCCAAGCUUCCCUGCCAGGAGCCCCGAGUCAGCAUGGGCACCAUCGUACAGCAGAAAUCUUCAAGAUGGUAACAAAAAGGGAUUCUGUCUUAUUCCUAGUGAAGAAAAGCCUCUUCGGAGAAGAGCAGGGAGUUUCCCUGGUGUCCUUGAUAACAUUACUCCAUAGGAACCAGCUGCAUGUUACACCAUUGAUAAACAAUACAUAAAACGGGGGCAUUUCAGCCCAGCUCCAAUUUGCAAGAGGAAUGCAAAGAAACACUGGUAUAUUUUGUCCAAAUAAGUAAAUGAAGAUUUCUGCUGUGAGGUGUCACUGCCACAACGUUGACUUUAAGUGAAGCCCAUUUCAUUUUACAGGAGAUGUAAUAAUCGUAUCAAAUCCUUGCAAUUUCUUUUCAUGUCAAAGCGCUUCACGGGAUUUACUGUAACAUGGAGUGACUGUUUUGUGGGUGAUUAAUAGGCAACAUGUUGUGGAUGAUGGUGUAAGACGUGCUUUAGUUUCUAACAAAGAGAUCAAUUGGUUUGGAGAAUGGCUCUUGGGAUUGACAAAGAGGGAGGUCUCAAUACCAAUGCUGGUUAAUACGAUCUAUAAAUUUUUAACUUGA